GUCAAAGCUUAGCUACGCCAUUUUGAUAUUUUAUACACUCUGCAUCUCAAUGAAUUGAGGAUAUGUAAGGCCUGAUUCAACCAUUACCAAAUGGAGCUUGUAUAAGUUAUUCUAGCGCUUGGAUUGCUUUGGCGAGAUGGAGGAGAACCCCAGAGGAAUAGAAUUGGUUAAAGAUCGCGUCACAUCUGGCGUUGAAUUUGAGAUGAAGGAGAAAAUGAUGGAGAAUGGAAGUGAAAUUGAAGUUCCUGACCAAUCACCCAUUGAACAAGUGGCGCUGACUGUACCGGUAACAGACGAUCCAACGCUGCCGGUGCUCACAUUUCGAACAUGGUUCUUGGGAAUUAUAUGCUGUGCGUCGUUGGCAUUUUUGAACCAGUUUUUUGGGUACAGAACUAUUGCAUUGACGAUUAGUUCAGUUGCUGCUCAGAUAGCUGUACUGCCUGUGGGUCGUUUUAUGGCUGCAGUUCUGCCCACCAAGGAGCUCUACAUCCCUGGAACAAAAUGGAGUUUCUCGAUGAAUCCAGGCCCAUUCAACAUGAAAGAGCACGUGCUUAUAACUAUAUUUGCUUCAGCAGGAAGUGGGGGAGUCUAUGCAGUCGGGAUUUUCACCAUCAUCAAAGCCUUCUACCACAUAAAUAUUGAUCCCCUAGCAGCAUGGUUGCUGAUUAUUACUACUCAGAUGCUUGGCUUUGGAUGGGCUGGAUUAUUCCGAAGAUUUCUGGUGGAGGGUGCUUACAUGUGGUGGCCCGCAAAUCUUGUGCAAGUUUCACUGUUCAGGGCCUUACACGAGAAAGAAAGGAGACCCAGAGGUGGCUUGACAAGAAUGCAAUUUUUCAUGACAGUUAUGACCUGCAGCUUUGCAUAUUAUGUCAUACCGAACGUGUUUUUCCCUGUCAUUUCAAACCUAUCAAUUCUGUGUUAUAUAUUGAAAAAAUCAGUUACAGCUCAGCAGAUUGGAUCUGGCUUUUAUGGACUGGGAAUCGGGUCGUUUGGGCUGGACUGGAAUACAAUUGCAGGGUUUUUGGGGACUCCUCUGGCAACUCCAUUUUUUGCCAUAGCCAACGUUAUGGUGGGUUUCACCAUCAUCGUCUAUGUCCUCACUCCCAUCCUCUACUGGAACAAUGUUUACGAUGCCAAGAAAUUUCCCAUUAUCGACUCAGCUUUAUUUGCCAGAGAUGGUACAGCAUAUAACGUGAGCAGAAUUCUUGGAUCGAAUCAUGAAUUUGACGAGAAGGCCUACAAUGACUACAGCCCAAUACAUCUCACCGCUUUUUUUGCUGUUACCUACGGCGUAGGUUUUGCAGCACUUUCAGCGACACUUAGCCAUGUCUUCCUCUUUCACGGCAAAGAAAUAUGGCGACAGACAAAGGCCACCUUAAAAGAUACAAGUAUGGACGUGCACACACGGUUGAUGAGGACAAAUUACAAGCCUGUUCCACAAUGGUGGUUUUUAAUUGUCCUGAUAGUGAUGAUGGCUGGUGCACUAUGGGCCUGCGAAGGAUUCAACAAACAGCUUCAGCUACCGUGGUGGGGAAUUCUUUUCGCCUGUGCACUUGCCUCUUUCUUUACUCUUCCAAUCGGCAUCAUUACAGCCACUACGAACCAGCAACCGGGACUGAAUAUAAUAACCGAGUAUUUUAUUGGAUACCUCUAUCCGGGCAGGCCUUUUGCCAAUGUAUCGUUCAAGACAUAUGGGUAUAUCAGCAUGGUUCAGGCUCUGGCAUUUCUGGGGGAUUUCAAGUUGGGUCAUUACAUGAAAAUUCCUCCGCGUUCAAUGUUCUUGGUUCAGAUUUCAGGUACAGCCAUUGCUUCCACAGUAUACUAUCUUACAUCUUGGUGGCUUUUGGAUACCGUUCCUCAUAUCUGUACCCAGAAAAAUUCUAAUUUUACAUGUCCAGGCGACAGAGUGUUCUAUAAUGCCUCAGUUAUAUGGGGAGUAGUUGGGCCUAGAAGAAUGUUCGGAAACCUGGGACUAUAUGAGAAACAAAACUGGUUCUUUUUGGCAGGUGCAGUUGCACCUUUGAUUCACUGGCUACUCCGCAAAAAAUUUCCCAAUGUAAAACUCCUGCAAUACAUCCAUAUGCCUAUUCUUAUAGGAGCUACUGGUAACAUGCCACCUACAAGAUCUGUAAAUUUUGUAAUGUGGGGCUUGGUGGGAUUUAUUUUCAAUUACAUAAUAUUCAAUCGCUACAAGAAAUGGUGGGUUCGCCACAACUACAUUCUCUCUGCAGGAAUGGAUGCAGGAGUGGCAUUCUUGGCUAUUUUAGCUUAUUUUUCAUUGCAGUAUGAAAACAUUGGCAUAAAUGGAACCGGGCAAGCAGACUGGUGGGGAUCAAACGUAAACUAUCCAGACUAUUGUCUUGUUGCUGCUUGUCCAACUGAUCCAACUGUGCCUAUGUCUGACGACAAUUCGAUGUGUCCUCAAUUCAACUGAUAAUUGUAUGGAUAUUUUCUUUUUCUACUUUUGUACAUGUUGCAAAUUUGUAAUAAAGGUAUGGUGGACUAUGAUUGGUGGAAUUUCAGACCGGUAAAUCGAGGCUCUAUGUUGUUCAAAAAUCAAGUAAAUAUUUAGUAAUUGCAUGAUGUAUAUCCAA